UUGUCUGUAUCUGCAGCAGUGGGAUGAAUGUUGGAAGCAUAGGAAGCAUAAACACAUAAUCUUCAAAACCCCCUCAAUUCAUCAAAACUCUUUAAAUUUUAAAAACAAUUACAAAUACUAGUGAAGCAGAAAGCUGAAUAGUUGACAUUGGCGGCCACCGCUAAGCUCAACCCUCUUUCUCUCUCUCUCCAAUAUAAAACCAAAAACAGGAGCAACCCAAAAAAAAUAACAAAAAACAGAGCUCAGAAGGUCUGAAAGAAAACCUUUUUCUGAAGUAUUGGUAAUUUAAGAGAGAAAAAUUAUUAAUUUCUUCUGUUCAAACUGAACAACAUUUUUUUUUUUGUUCAGAAAAAGAGUACCUAAUUCUUUUGGAUUUCUCUUUGCAUUUUUAAAACAAAAAUGGCAAGUGGAAAUAGAACUGGGUAUGGAAAUUGGGAAUUGGACAAAGGUGAGAUAAAUUUAGAUUAUUGUGAUGUUGGUUUAGGUUUAAAGUUACCAUGGCAACAACAACAACAACAACAACAACAACAACAACAUCAACAACAACAACAACAACAACAACAACAGUCAUCUUUUUCAAGUGGAAGAGAUUCAAUUACUGCAGUUCCAUGGCUUCAAACUCGUCAAAAUCGUCAAGAAAACAGAAGUUCAAGUCCUACAAUUUCUGGGUUUCAUCAAAUUUCUCGAUUUGAUGGAGGAAGAUUGACAUUUACAGCAGGACAAAGGCAAGAAUUAGAGAGACAAACAAUUAUAUACAAAUAUAUGAUGGCUUCUAUGCCUGUACCACCUGAACUCUUAAUUCCUCUCUCAAAAUACCCAUCUUCUACAAUUACAACAUCAUCAUCAACAUCUUCUGAAGUAGUGAGAAAAACAGGGGUGGAAAUGAGAUAUGUAACAGGAAGAGGAGGUGAUCCAGAACCAUGGAGGUGUAGAAGAACAGAUGGUAAGAAAUGGAGAUGUUCAAGAGAUGUAGCACCUGACCAAAAAUACUGUGAAAGACAUUCUCACAAAGGCCGUCCUUCUCGUUCAAGAAAGCCUGUGGAAUCAUCAUCAUCACCUUCACCUUCUAUUCUCUCUCCUCCACUUCCACUUACUACUACUACUACUAAUACUACAACUCCUUCUGUAACAACUUCUAACCCUAUUGUCUUCACUCCUUUUGCUAUCCCUAAACCCUCUUCUUCUUCCUUUGACUUGCCUUCUCCUUCCCAGUUCAACUCUCUUCCCAGGUACCCAGAUUGGUUCAUGAAGAAGGAUGUUGCACCACCUAAUGCUACUACUGCUCCUGCUUGUCUUUAUACACAACAAAUAGGUGAGACAAGAGCAUCAGCUGUUGAUGAUCAUCAAAGUUGCCUCCUUUCUAGGCCUUUUAUUGAUGCUUGGUCUUUAGGUGAUCAUGUUGAUCCUAAAGAUGCUACUAAUACUAUUGAUAAUGAUAACAAUAGUAUUACUACUAACAAAUGUCCUACCCCUUCCUCUCCACUUAAUUCCAUUUUACCCCUUACAUUGUCUAUGUCCGCCGGGUUUGAUCACGAUCACGAUCACCAUACCUCAGACGACAACACGAAAGACCAUCUCGAGCGGUCUUCGUUAUCUUCGGCAUCUCAUCAUCAUCAUCAUCAGCCAUUCAAUUGGAUGAACUCGUGGAUUAGUUCGCCACCUGGUGGUCCGUUGGCCGAGGCAUUGUGCCUUGGGAUAUCUGGAGCAGGGAAUGGAAGAAUGGGUAGUCAUUCAGAUGAUCAGUUGGUGUCACCACAUGGACAUAGCACAAGCUCUAGCACCACUACUCUGGGAUAGCAACCUCACAUUAGUGCAAGUCCACUGGUUCAUCACUAGCUAGCUAGCUAGCAAUCUGUUGAUUCUUUUGUAGGCUGGAGUCAAUCUUUUAAGAGUUUUGGGUAAUAGAUAAAGGGGAAAAAAACCACUUUUAAAAGUAAAGCUGUUUAUAUUGUAUCUUUAUUUUGUGGUUCUCUAUUUCUGUCAUGGUGUAUUCUCCUGUUUUAGCUAUGAUGGACAGUGGAGAUGCUGUAUUGCAUUAAUCAUCUGUCACUUUCAGUAA